CUCCCUCCCUCCCUCCCUUCCUCUCGCUCUCCUUUCCAGAAAUAUAUUGGCUGGGAACUCAGUGCAAGAAGCAUUCUUGCUGAGCGAGCGAGAGAGAGAGAGUCACUGCUACCCAGAGAAGCUUCAGAGCACUGCAGGAAGCACGCAGAGGUUUUGGAAGGCUGUUUCGUGGAGAUUCUUGUUGAAUUAUCCGGCUUGAGAAUGGAGACUCCCUCCCAGAAGCGCCCUGCUCGCAGCGGGGGCACGCCGCUCUCCCCGGCCCGCAUCACCCGGCUGCAGGAGAAAGAGGACCUGUGCGAACUCAAUGACCGCCUGGCCGUGUACAUCGACAAGGUGCGCUCGCUGGAGAGCGAGAACGCGGGGCUGAGGCUGCGCGUCUCCGAGUCGGAGAGCAUCGUCAGCAGGGAGGUGUCGGGCAUCAAGCUGGCCUACGAGACGGAGCUGGCAGAUGCACGCAAGACCCUCGACACGGUCGCCAAGGAGCGGGCACGCCUGCAGCUGGAGCUGGCCAAGGUCCGAGAGGAGCACAAGGAGCUGAAAGCCAGGAACACCAAGAAGGAGGCUGACCUGGCCGGGGCGCUGGCUCGGCUCAAGGACCUGGAGUCCCUGUUGAACUCCAAGGAAGCCACUCUGGCCACAGCACUGGGGGAGAAGCGCACGCUGGAGGCGGAGCUCCGGGAACUGAAGGCUCAGCUGGCCAAGCUGGAGGGAGGUCUGAGCGAUGCGAAGAAGCAGCUGCAGGAUGAGAUGCUGAGGAGAGUGGACGCAGAGAACCGCCUGCAGACCUUGAAAGAGGAGCUGGACUUCCAGAGAAACAUCUACAAUGAGGAGCUGCGGGAGACGAAGCACCGGCAUGAGUCCCGGCUGGUUGAGAUUGAUAGCGGGCGGCAGCUGGAGCUGGAGAGCAAGCUGGCCGACGCACUGACUGACCUGCGAGCUCAACAUGAGGAGCAGCUGAAACUGUACAAGGAGGAGGUGGAGAAGACAUACAGUGCCAAGCUGCAGAAUGCUCGUCAGUCCGCGGACAGGAACAGUCAGCUGGUGGGCUCGGCUCACGAGGAGAUGCAGCAGACCCGUGUGAGGAUGGAGUCCAUGUCCGCUCAGCUCGGCCAGAUCCAGAAGCAGCUGGCUGCUAGCGAGGCGAGGGUGCGGGAGCUGGAGGAGGCGCUGGCGCGGGAGAAGGACACAACGCGCAGGCAGCUGGCCGAUAAGGAGCGGGAGAUGGCAGAGAUGAGACAGCGCAUGCAGCAGCAGCUUGAUGAGUACCAGGAGCUGCUGGAUGUCAAGCUGGCCCUGGACAUGGAGAUCAGCGCCUAUCGCAAGAUGCUGGAGGGAGAGGAGGAGAGGCUGCGUCUCUCCCCGAGCCCCCCUCCUCGUGGGUCUGUGUCCCACAGCGCUCGCAUGGUGCACUCCAGCGCUCAGAGCUCCUCCGGCUACAAGAAGAGGAAGCUGAACGACACGGACAGUGAGGCCUCCAGCACUGUAGGAGGCGGUGCAGCCCGUCUGCGCAUCUCCCAGAAGGCCAAAGCCAGCGGGCGGGUCACUGUGGAUGAGGUUGACAUGGAGGGCAAGUUUGUGCGCCUGUCCAACAAAUCAGACGAGGACCAGCUGCUGGGUAACUGGCAGGUGAAGCGCCAGGUUGGCACCAAGACCUCCAUCGCUUACAAGUUCCCUCCGAAAUUCACCCUGAAGGCUGGGAAGAGCGUCACGAUUUGGGCCUCUGGUGCCGGUGCCACCCACAACCCCCCCUCGGACCUGGUGUGGAAGAGUCAGAGCUCGUGGGGCAGUGGAGACAGCAUGCAGACCUCUCUGAUCAGCGCCAAUGGAGAGGAGAUGGCGAUGCGGACCGUGGUGCGGGUUCUCUUCGAGGAGGAGGACGAUGAAGACAUGGUGCGCAGGGAUGUGCAUCACCACCAGGCUGCUCACAGCACCAGUGCGUCAGGGGAGCAGUGUGAUGCUGAGUAUAACCUGCGCAGUCGGACAGUGCUCUGCGGCUCCUGUGGUCAGCCCUCGGACAAGAGCAGCAGCGCAGGUGGCUCGGCCGUGUCGGGGAGCUCCGGCGUGACGGUCACUCGCACCUUCCGCAGCGGCGGGGGGGGUGGCCUGGCCGAGGGGCUGGUCAGCAGAGCCUUCGUGCUAGGGAGCAACCAGCCGCGUGGACAGGCUGGCCUGACCCCUGAGAACUGCUCCAUCAUGUAAAGAUCAGAGCCGCCUGGACCCACGAAAACACAGCAAGAGACGACCACCGAAAACAC